AUGGAUGGCGACGAGCUUAUUGCCUCGGUCUAUCGCAAGAUAGAGCGAGAGAAGGCCCUCAUCGCCGCCGCUAGUAACAUGCGGCAGUCGACCGACAACCCCCUCGUGCAACAGAGAGUCGACGUCAAUAUCCGCGAUGGCCGUAAGAAUAUCGCCUACCUUGAGGAGAAGAUGCGGGAGCUUCAAAUUCGCCGGAUCGAGCAAGAAGGUGGUGGUUCGCCAGGUCAGCGAGGCGGGCCCGCGCCGCCGCCAAAGGACGGAUACGAAGAUGAAGCUGGUUAUCCUCAGGGUGGCUCCGGUUCGAUGCCAUCGGGUGCCCCUUUUCCCGACCCCCGCCCAUAUGCUCCCAUCCCCAAGGCGCGCCCUAAUUACACCAAGCUCGAUCUCAUCAAAUAUGACACCGCUUAUCUCGGACCGAAGAUUCAGCUCAUGCUGUCCCAGCUUGAGUUCAAGCUGAGUGUGGAGAAGCAAUACAAGGCGGGUAUCGAAAAAAUGGUCCGGCUAUAUCAAGAUGAGGGCGAUCGGAAGAGUCGCGCGGACGCCGAAAGCCGACGCAUCGAGAGUAACCAGAAGAUCCAGCUGUUAAAGCAGGCCUUGAAGCGAUACGAGGAUCUCCACGUCGAUAUUGAGUCGAACGAUGCCGCCGAUGACGAGAGUCUUAGCAGCCCUAACAUGCGCAAGCCAUUGACUGGUCUUCUAACGAUGCGGAUUCAUGCCGUCAAUGAUGUGGACCACGCCGCGAGCUCCAGGUUCUCACGUGGCCCUGAAACCUAUAUCGUUGUCAAGGUGGAAGAUACAAUCAAGGCUAGGACGAAACCCAGCCGGAUCGACAAAUGGGUGGAUGAGGCCUUCUCGAUCGAUAUUGACAAGGCGAAUGAAAUUGAGCUUACGGUUUACGACAAGUCGGGAGAUCGCCCCACGCCCAUUGGUAUGUUAUGGGUGCGCAUCUCAGACAUUGCAGAGGAGAUGCGUCGCAAGAAGAUUGAGUCCGAACUCAAUAACUCCGGAUGGGUAUCUGCGGACAGAAUGGCUGGUGAUUCCAGUACACCUCGAUCCGAUCAUCCAGGCUCGCCCAUGGGCUCUUCCCAUGGCAAUGGCCCGGUGAUGAUUGACUCAUGGUUUGCUUUGGAACCGUUUGGUCGGAUCCAUCUCUCGAUGAGUUUUGCCAAACAAUUGAAGGACCGUCGUCCUUUCGAUAUUGGUCUCAACCGUCAAGGUGCCGUUCGUCAAAAGAAGGAGGAGGUUCACGAGAAGCAGGGCCACAAGUUUGUCACCCAACAGUUCUACAACAUCAUGCGCUGUGCGCUGUGUGGAGAAUUUCUCAAAUAUGCUGCGGGUAUGCAAUGUGCCGACUGCAAGUACACAUGUCACAAAAAGUGCUACUCGAAGGUUGUCACCAAGUGUAUUAGCAAGGCCAACUACGAAACCGACCCCGACGAAGAGAAGAUCAACCAUCGCAUUCCUCAUCGCUUCGAAGGGUUUUCCAACCUUUCCGCCAAUUGGUGUUGCCAUUGUGGUUAUCUUCUUCCAUUUGGACGCAAAAAUGCUAAACGCUGCAGUGAAUGUGCUCUUACUUGUCACGCUCACUGUACGCAUUUGGUCCCUGACUUCUGCGGCAUGUCUAUGGAGGCGGCGAACCAAAUCCUGGAAACUCUUAUUCGUGCCAAGAAUCACAACAAGUCUACUUCUGUCAGUUCCGGUCUCAGCGGUCGUACCCUCCGACCAAGCGGUCCACCGCACCCCCCUCAAGAUAACCUCGCCCUUUCUUAUCCCCAAAAGCCUGCCGAGGGUCCCUACGGGGCAAUGCCCAGAAAAGCCUCGGCUGAAGCGGUAAGCGCUGCGACUAACUCCUAUAUGACUCCACAGUCACCAACAGCUGUUGCACAGAAUGCUCAGCGCCAACCCCUGCCGCCGAAGUCGCCUACGUCUGGGUCCACUGCCCAGGCUGCCGCCGCCGCCGCGGCAAGUCUGCGUAGCCCUCAGCAAACCCCUAGUAUGCAUUUACUCUUAUGGUCUCUUUCUAAUCUCGCCCAUAUGCUAACACUCCAGCUUUAG